ACACUUCCCUUGGAAACAAGAAAAAUGGCGGAUGGUAAUUCUUAUUUGUUGUCCUAUCAACGGCGCCAAAUUUUAAUAUAAUGUAUUAAGAAAUAUAUUAACAAGUAAAAUAUAAAUAACACAUUUUCCAUAAAAAGUAUUGGUAUUUAAAACAACAAUUAUGGGUAGAGUUUUGAGUACUACUUCUGUAUUUUUUCCUCAUUUUAUUUGACUUUUUCAUUCUGCCACAUUUCCGAGCGAGGGUACUGUCGUCUAAUCUAAUGUCUUAUACUUGUAAUUGUUUACUAACACUAGUAAGUAGCACUGAAGUAACGUCGUAAAUUAAUAAAAAUAAAAUAGGGCUAAUGUAAUAUAUUUCUUGUAAUUAAUUUGUAAGAUUCUGGUUCUGGUAAUGUUUCGUUGCUGCAUCCAUGUACUGGCAUCUUUGCAACAGUUGGGGGUAUGAUGUUGCUAUUCUAACAGCUCCUAGUUUAUCUAGUUAUUUGGUAAUUUAGCACUCCUAUGGCUAUUAAAAAAUUGUGUCUGACUGAAUUGAAUUGCUGUUCUAUUUGUUCCAGUUAUUCUUUUAUAUUUUAUUGAUAAGACAACCAUAAUGUCAAUAUAAGAUAUAAUGUCUAGAUUAGAUUCUUUUAUUGAUCCAAAUAAAUAGAAAUUCUUUUCAAAACAUAAAUAUUCUUACCAAGACAAAAAUUUUUGGCACUCCUCUGAACGCCGGCUCCAUUUGUCAAUUAGUUUACUUUUCAUUCAAAAGUGCAGAUGGCCCUGAUAAUUGGUGAUGAUGUAAUUGUUUACAUCUAUUCUGAAUAAAUAGAAUUGUAUAGCAGACUGAUUGCUUAUAAGAAUAUAAACAAAACAAUCCCAUUGCAGAAAACCGCCAGUACCGGUUCAUAUUGUAAAUAAUUAAUUGCCAGGAAACAUUCUGCAGUCUUAUGACACAAUACAGAAGGUACUGUAUAUGACAGCAUGCUUUGGUUAGUUUGGCUUGGUGAACACCAUCUCAUAAAUGUCAACAUCCUAUGUCUUUAAUCCAAUAUCCUCAGUCAUCUGUUCAACAAGAUUGAAAACGCCAUGGCCUGUUUCCAACUAAGAUAGUACUUGAAGUUUCUGAGUGACACUUAUCUCAUUUGAUGAUAUACUUGGUAAAACAUUAUUGAACUGGCAAAGUAACUGCUCAUUCUAUACAUUUUUGGAAUUUCAGACCGGUUUUCGGAGGAGUGCCAAAUUUUUAAAUUCUAAAUAAGAACAAUUUAAUGUAAGAAAAGCAUAUGCAAGCAAACCAAGUUAAAGUUUAUCAUUAUGUAUAGGCUAGUUCUCCCAAGGUUCCCAUUAAGUUCUUGAAAAUAUCAGCUCCCCGAAAACCAUUGCAGAAAAUGAAAAAAGAAGGGAAGGACAAUGUAUGCUUCAUGUUUUGCACCAGAGAUUCUAAUGAGGGACCUCCCCUUUGUUUAUUUGCUGAUUGUUACUAGCGUUAAAUAGACUCUUUUUGUAAAAUUAAUAUGCCGAUGGCAUUUUUUUUAUUGAUGGCUUUUUAAAAUUAACAUUUCAUUGGGUUUACUUCCAAACAUUAUAACAUUUCAAAACCAGGCCAUUUGUUUGACUGCUAUUUCGACUGGGUCAUCGUCUGAUAAUUUUGUAAAAUGGAUUUUGACUUUCUGACAUCUUGUGGAUUUAUAAAUUUUGUAAAAGUGUAUUUGAUGAAACAGUAAGUAAGGUUCUUAUUAAUUUGAAUAUUAAAAAGUAAUUUUAAUGUUUUUAUUCAAAUUUACAAUUUUCUCAGUAGUGUGUAAAUAUAGCACAUGGAUACAUGGUUUUAGGGUUCAGGUUAGGUGAUAGAUUUUAGGUUUGAAGCUUUACGCUCAAUUUAGAGGCACUUGAGUCAGGGGGGACAAAAUUUAAGGGUGUAUUUAUCCUUGAGUUAGAAAUCUGGUGUCAUGGCAAUAAAGAUGGUGGCUGUGUGAAAAAAAAAAGUAGUGCAAAAACACAAGUAGAACAGGGGGAUACGUCAAGCGUACAUUACCAAAGGAAAAGAGCGCAGAUAAGAGUCUUUUCAGUUGGAGCUUCUAGCAUCCACCUAUUUUCUACAUUCUGUAUGUGGGCACAAGCGUCAAUUAUAACAACGAAAAUUUUUGAUUGAACACAAUGGAGUGUUAGUAGAUUCUGUGGCUGGUAUUAUUUAUGUUUAAAUAAGCCACCUAUCUGUCCAAAACUGUAUGUGAACUUGGUAAAAUAUACCUCUCUAUACACUCUUAUAAAGUGAUGACGCAUCGAUCUACUGGCACUUCAACAAGGAAACAGCCCACACCACCCCCCCCCCCCCCCUCUGCCACCGAAAAUCCAGUGGCCCUCUCUCCAGCGUCCCGGUGGUAUUUCCAGUAAAAUAGCACUUCAGACCCAAAAAACAAGAUUUUUGAAUAGCCGACGCUUAGUUUACCUUCCUAGUGUAUUUUGUUAUUACUUUAUUUAUUCAGGUAUAGUUUAGGUUGCACUUUUUUACAAAUUUAAAAGAAAAAGUCAGUGUUGCUACCUAUCCAUUUAUUAUCACAGGGAUCUGAAGUGAACAGCAGCAUAUAAGUAGAUCAAGAGUGUACCAUAGGCUCAAGAGCUAGGGAGAAAACUAAUUUUCCCAGACAUUUCAAUUUUACGCAUUCACCUCUUCCAAACCUACCACCUCAUAUUAAAAUAAAGCAUUCACCUCUUCCUAACCUACCACCUAAUAUUAAAAUAAAGCAUUCACCUCUCCCAAACCUACCACCUCCUAUUAAAAUAAAGUGCUCGAUCUGCUCAGCUCACAUUUACUAUCUGAUUCAUGAAAGUGAUUUUGAUUAUCUAUCAAAAGAUAACAGCUCCGCACUCGAGAAGGAAAUACCAUGUGAUUACAACUAUUCACACUUAUUUAGAGUCUUCCAACCCAUACCCAAGAAGCUAGAGAUGACAUUUCAUUUUAAUAGCAUGAGUGAAAUAAAGAUAAAUCCGCUUUUAAAAAAAUUGAUGUCAUUACUUUGCUUUACCAGAAUCUGUAUCAAGGCCUGUCAGUGCCGGUGGAUUGCUAUCUGGUGAUGCUAUUGAGUCACAGGAUGUUCCAGAAAAUAUCCAGGUACAGUUAAAGCAACAUUGCAAAUGUCUUUUAGUCACAUAGUAUAAUUACAGAUCCGUCUUUCUUUCACCUAAAAAACCUGAUUAAAAUGGUUUCAAAAUUUAUAUUGAUUAAAGAUAUUUAUUCUUUGUAGUUUCAUGAUAGUAAUUGUACAGCAUCAACCCAUGCUAUAUUAUCAUCAUCUAUACAACAUUUUUUAUUUAUUUUUUUGUUACUGUAGAAAAUAAUAACCAGCGAAAAAGAAGCUUAUGAUGUUCCAAACAAAAGACCAAAAGUUGACCUCCAGUCUCUUCCUACAAGAACAUACUUAGAUCAGACAGUAGUUCCAAUUCUGCUUUCAGGCAUGUCAGUCCUAGCUAGGGAACGGUGAGUAGCAUUACUUUUUAAAAUUUUGUCCCUUUUAAAACAGAGAUUUCCAGAAUUUUUCAUUGUGCUACACUCAUUGAAAAAGUUGGAACGCAUUCUAUUUAAUUGGUGAGAAAUAUGAAUUAAUAUCACAAUAUAAAAACAUCUUCAUAUAAAAUUAAUAUGGCAUUCAAAACAAAUUCAUCAGUACCUCAUCAUAAAACAUGAUUUUUUUCUCAAUCUCUAAACAUUUUAAUAGGCUCUGGAUUUUUGUUGUUGAAUGUUUUCUCUAACAUUUAUGGAGCUGCUUGAGUCUUAAAUAAAAUGAUUUGGUACCUGCUUGUUUUAGGAAGUAUUAGUAGGACAAGGUAUGUGGAAGCUUGAAUGAAAAGACAGGACAAUAAGAUAUUAACGUUUCGGCUAAGAGCCUUCCUUAGCAGACAAGACAAAUGAAAAUACGACAAUAAAUAGAGAAUAGUUAAAAACUUAUUUGAUCGCCAUUGUUAUAGCUAGAAGUUGGAUUCUUCAAAACCAUAUGACAUACCUUGUCCUACUAUUUCCUUCACACAGCUUGAAUGCAGUCCUUCAUUUAUUAUCUGUUUAAAUUUACAUAGCUUUCGUGUACAAGUUCCCUUAUUGUGAAAAAGUUAAUGAAAUUUUUUUUUUUAAUGAAUAAAAUAAAAAUUUGAGUAAAAUGUUAAAAAGUGUUAUAAUUUCCUAUUUUCCUAUUAGGCCACCUAAUCCUAUUGAGUUCCUAGCAGCAUACUUACUGAAGAAUAAAGACCAGUUUGAUUAAAGGAUCUGUCAAGCCAGCUGAUAACAUCAACCAUUUUGUUUACUAUCAACGCACCAUUUUGUGAAUAUUUUAUGUAAUAUUAAGAUAAAAGGUUUAAGAAGAGGCUUAGCUGAAAGCUCUGAAGCAGCGCUUUGGAAACUAUUUGAACUAACGAGGCUGGGUUGGGUUAAGUUUGAAUCAUGUCAUUCCUUUUCAUUGAAAGGCCGUUAAUGCAGCACUAAUCCCUAGACUGAACUUAAAGAAUGCCUCUAGAGAAUAGUGUCAGAUAAAUUCAAUGAUUUGAUUUCAUGUACUAUUUAUUAGUCAUCAGUCUUUUGAUAAUGUGAAUAAAAAUGUUCCCUUUAUCUCAUUACAUCAUAAAUUAAAGUGUUGUAUUUAUUGCAUGUAUACAAGUUUGGAAGAAAGUCAGAAAGUGUAGAAGAAGAUAACUUUAUUGAUUACAAAUUGUAAAUCUAGAAUGUGUUAGUUCUUGCUUUUUUAAUUAUUACAACUAAAAAAAAAUUGUUAUCAAUAAGAUAAAAAGCAAUAAGGAUUAAAAAGGUUUUCAUUUCUAAGAAAGCAGUGUUUUAAAAUUGAAUGUCUGCAUAGAAAGAAUAGCAAUUUAACAAGAAAUUCUAAUAUGAAAGCCCCAAAAGUGUGCUUCCAUUUUCUUGCAACAUUUACUUGCUUCAUGAUUCUUGAAAUAAAAUGUAUCAUCGUAUUCUUAGGCGCUUGUCACCCUAAUGCCCUGACUUCCUUGAGAUCUAUUUUAUCUAAUUUAUUCUAAACCAACUCAACUUUUACAAAUUGGUUUAGUAUAUUUGACAUUACUUAAAAUUAAACAUAUAAUGGUCUUUCAAAAUUUAAAAAAGUUCUGUUCCAACUUUGCUAUUUAAAAAAAAGGAAGGAAAUAUACUGUUAUUACUAAAGGUAUAUUUAUUUAUGUAAAAUUAUUACAUUUUUUGCAAAGUUAUAAAUUGAUAAUUUCCAUCUUUUUCAUUCAUAUUUUCAGGAGUUACUUAAAGAUAACUCUCUGUCACAUGCUCAUGAAAUCCCUAUAAACCAAAGAGGGGAAAAAAAAUUGUGUAAAUUUUAUUCUAAAUGAAUUUUUCAACUAUUAAAAGUUAAAAUAAAUCUUUCUGUAUUAUGAAUGAUGUUGCUCAAACUCUGAACUGCUUAACAACUUUGACAUAUGACAGUGACUGAUAAUAAUUUAUAAUUAUGACAUUUCCCUUUUUAAAUACCAUAUAUCUACUACAAGAUAUUUCAAUUCCUUGCUAAAUGUAAUUUCUUCAAAGGAAAUUAAUUUUGAACAUUUACUUAAGUCAUUUGUAAGGUAAUAUAAUAAUUAUAAAAACAUAUGAUUUUAAUUACAAAACAUUCCUAACUAAACACCUGGCAUAGAUAAAUUUUGCAAGAAUUUGUUCUUGUGAUAAACAUAGAGCAAGAGCAUGCUUUUUAGCAAUAUAAGUCGAACCUCUCAUAACGAGUUUAAUUCGUUCCAGACUCUUACUUGUUAAGCGAAACACUCGUUAAACGAAACAAUUUUUCCCAUACAAAUCAAUGUAAAAUACGAUAAUGUGUUCCAUGCUGAAAAAAUACUAAUUUUUCAAAAAAUUUUAUUAACAUUUAUUCAAAUAAAAUUUCUUAUGAAUUGUUAAGGAGUGUAACAACUUGGAAUACAAUUUAGAUUUGAAACAAAAAACGUAAAUAAAAAUAUGAAUUUAUGACAAAUAAUUAAUCUUUUUUAAUUAGAAAACUGUCUAAAGACAUUUGUUUUUGCCAACGCUUCAAAAUUUGACAAAAAUGUGUCACAGCAUUAUCAUUGAAUAAAUUUGUAGCACCAAUAGUCACGCUCACACCUUGUUCUCGCUUUUCAAAUAUUUUCGUUUCAUUUCAACAGUUAUUUUUUCUCUUUUAUGAUUGUCUUCUUGUAUUUUUUUUCGAAGACAUUUUAGCAUAGGUUAUUACACUUUGCACAUAAAAAAAUUACGAAUACUGUCUGAAAUACAAAAUUUGUAAAAACUGGUGAUCACACACGAAAACAAUACGCUAACAGACAGAGUGCUAAACACAGACUAAUCCAAUAGUUCUCAACCUUCCUAGUGCCGCGAUCCUUUAAUACAGUUUCGUGUCUUGGCGACCCCCCAGCAACCUAAUUAUUUUUGUUGCUACUUUCAGAUAGUCUAAGGCUACCCCUGGGAAAGGGCCGCGCUACCCCCAAAGGGGUCACGACCCACAGAUUGAGAACCGCUGGACUAAUGCAUUGGCGCAGAAGUCCUGGCUCACAAAUGAAUGUCUGGAAAAAGGGACUUCCCUUUUCUGCGUAACUCGUUAUGCAAAAUAUCGCUCGUUAAGGGAGCAACUUCUUGACAUUUUUUUUUGCGCUUUAUGCAAAUUACUCGUUAUGAGAGGUUCCACUGUAUUUGAAUGAGUAAAUGAGGUUAUCUUUACGAUUUUCUCAGUAGUGUAUAUAAACCUGUCUAGAUCAAGAAUGGCAGUAAAAAUUAUGUUAACUGAUUUUAAAAAAUUACAAAAUAAUAAUGAAAUCUUUAAAUGCUUAUAAAAUUGAUUAAAAAAUUUAAUUAAACAUUUCAAAUUAUUAAAUGAAAUAAAUAAUGUGGCACUUUAUUACACAGCUUGAACCAUAACAAAUUAAUAAUUAAUGACAUUGCGAUAAUUCUGAACUACAAAUUAUAAAGCUAAAAAUGGA